AUGCUCGAUUUAAAAAUUGAACCAGUGGAAAAUAUUUUAUUUGUGAAAGAAGAUAAUAGUAUAACACAUAGAAAUAAUUCUGUAAUAACAAAGAGAAGAUCGUCGAGCAUUGAAACAAAUAACUAUAACAUAAAUAAUGAUCAAAUUAAUUAUGAUAAAGAAGUGAACCACAAUAUUGUGACAUUUGAAAACUUAUCAAACAAUGAUAAUGAACUAAAUACUUACAAAAAAGAAAAUUAUGACGUUUAUGAAAAUGGUAUUUUAUCAACAGCCACGGAUGAUGAUGGUAUACCAUCUGCAACACAUCCAAUGGAAAAGAAAAUUUUAAGGAAAAUGGAUAUGUAUUUAAUUCCUUUGAUGUGUUUGUUAUAUUUCUUAUCAAAUCUAGAUAAAUCUAAUAUUGGUAAUGCUGAAGUUGCAGGUCUUUCCGAAUCAUUGAAUUUGAAAGGUACACAAUAUAAUACUUGUGUUACUGUAUUUUAUGGUUCAUAUAUUAUCUUCGAUCCAAUUGGUACAAAUCUUUUAAAAAUCAUUGGUCCCAAAUAUUUAAUGACAAUUUGCCUUUUAUGUUUCGGAAUUAUUUCCCUGUGUACUGCAUGGGCCAAUAGUUUUGGCGGAUUAGUUGCUUUAAGAGUAUUAUUAGGUUGUAUGGAAGGGAUUAUUUAUCCUGCUAUUAAUAUGUAUCUUUCAGUUUGUUACCGUAGAGAACAAUAUGCCAAGAGAUUUGCUUACGUGUUUUCUGCAGCAUGUUUAUCAUCUUCAUUUGGUGGGCUGAUAUCUUAUGGUUGUUCUAAAAUUAAAGGUAGUAAUUUAGAGGCCUGGCAAUAUAUUUUUAUUGUGGAAGGUGCCAUUUCUAUUGGUUGUACACCAUUAUAUUUUUUUGGUAUGGCUAAAGAUUUAGAGAAUAGUUGGUUCUUUAACAAGGAAGAAAAAGAAUAUGUUAUGGAAAGAUAUAAGACCAUGAAUACUUUUAACCCAGAAGAAAAAUUCGAUUGGGAGCAAGUGUGGUUUGCAAUUAAAGACAUUAAGACAUGGGUUAGUGCUGUUGCUUUAUUUGGUAUUGAUUUAACUACUUUUGGUUUAACUGUUUUCUUACCAAUUAUUAUUACUUCACUUGGGUUUACCAACGUUAGAGCUCAACUGAUGACAGUUCCAGUUUAUUUCCUAACAGCAAUUGUUUUCUUUAUAUGUGCAAACUGGUCAGACCGUUUAAAACUAAGAUCACCUUUUAUUAUUGUGUCCUGUUUAACUACAGUGAUUGGUUUAGCCAUUGUAUUGGGUUCAACUGUUCAUGGGGUCAGAUAUUUUGGUGUUUAUAUCCUAUGUAUGGGUAUUUAUGUCAAUGCCGCCGUUAAUUGUUUGUGGUUGAGCGGUAACGUUGGUAACUAUUUCAAGAGAGCUACUGCAUUAGGUAUUAAUUUAUUCUUUGGUUCAGGUUCAGGUUUAGUAUCAGGUCAAAUUUUCUUAGCAAAGGAAAAACCUCGAUAUAUUAAAGGUCUCUCAAUUUGUUUGGCUUUCCAAUGUCUAUCCAUUAUUAUGACUAUAAUUCAACUAUUAUUAUACAUGUGGGAAAACAAGAAGAAAGAUGCAAUUAUUAAACGUUGUAAUGAAACUGGUGAGCCAAUCCCUUAUGAUGAUAAAAUGAGCGACGAAAAUCCUCAGUUCAGAUAUAUGUAUUGA